GCUCUGCAAGUGUUGUGUUGUUUGUUUAUCAGCAUCAGGAGAAGAAGGGAGAGAGAGGGGCGCGAAAAUGAGUGGAGCAAAGGGGAAGAAGAAGGGAGCGAGCUUCGUGAUCGAUUGCGCGAAGCCGGUGGAGGAUAAGAUCAUGGACAUUGCUUCUCUCGAGAAGUUUCUUCAGGAGAGGAUUAAGGUUGGUGGCAAGGCCGGCGCACUCGGCGAUUCUGUUACCGUCACUCGUGACAAGAGCAAGAUCACCGUCACCUCUGACAGCAACUUCUCUAAAAGGUAUCUGAAAUACUUAACCAAGAAGUACUUGAAAAAACACAAUGUGAGGGAUUGGCUUCGGGUGAUUGCGUCCAACAAGGACAGGAAUGUCUAUGAGUUGAGAUACUUCAACAUUGCUGAGAAUGAGGGGGAAGAGGAGGACUGAAGAUCCAAUCUUCUGUCUUAAAGCAUUCUCCUUUAGGCUUAGUUAUUGUGGAGUCUCUUUUUAUCUGUUUUGUUUAUUGACUUGUUACUGGUUGUUUAAAUAUUCCUGUUUAAUUUGGAACCAAUAUUAUGCCCUCGUGAAGUUUUAUAGUGAUUAAUUGGAGAGGUUUUCAUAAAAAUUCAGAUGCAUUUCGUUUA